CCUGGGAGGUAAUGGUGCGGACCCCACGACUUCCUCUGAGCUGUUUGGAAAAGAGUCUGCAUGAAAACAGUUCCUCGUUGAAGGACAUAAGACGAGCGAUCAAUUCAGCAAAUAUGUGGACAGCUGCACACGUCUAUCGCACGAUUAAUCCCUUAUUCCCCUCGCUUUAGAUCUGCUCAACUGAGACUUCAUCCACCGCCUGACGGUGGUUCCCCGUGAGCUGAGACGCCUGCGAGUCCCAGUGACAGAGGACUAACAUGUCCAUGUUCAGCACGGGCAUCCUUGUGCUGACGUCUCCUCUCCACACCCUCCCUUUACGCAUCGCCCCCGUGCUCAGCUCGGCCGCUCAGCUCGUGGAGCGAACACUGUACGUUCACCUCCACCCUGGGUUGAACCUGGGAAGCGGGAGCCAGCCUCGGCCAGUUUUCAUCCCACCGGUGGUGGACCUGUCUGCCAUCAUUAAUCGCCUGUACAGCAAUGCAGCGGAUGUAUGUGGGCAUCUAGAUGUUCGUGUUUUGCUGACUAAUGUGCGUGGCCAGCCAGCUGCCUGCAACCCUUUCCCCACACCUCAACCCUUGUCGCACUCCCCCGAGGUGGUGCUAACAGACUUUGCACUGCAGGACCUGCAUCAGUCCCAUCAGGUUACGCAGUGUCUGGAGAGGUACACUGGUCACUGCUAUGCCUGCAGGCCGGGGCUGCCGUCGGUGCUGCUUCACCCGCAGCCAGUGAAGCUGCAGGAGGAGAAGGAGGACACGAUGAAUGCUCAGGAAGAAGAGGCACCUUUGGAGACGUACAGUGACGUGGUGGUAGGGGGGACGUUUGAUCGCCUCCACGGGGCCCACAAGACGCUGCUCAACAUCUCAUGUCUGCUGGCCGAUAAGAGGGUCGUCAUUGGUGUGUGUGAUGAGGCAAUGCUAAAAAAAAAGGUGCUAAAGGAGUUGAUUGAGCCAUACUCUGUCCGGGUCCAGAGACUUCAGGAGUUCCUACAAGACACCAAACCAUCACUGCAAGUGGAGAUUGUGGCUCUCGGAGACCCCUUCGGAGUGUCUGUGGUGGACCCCCUGCUGCAAUGCAUUGUGGUUAGCGAGGAGACUAAAAAAGGAGGCGAGGCUGUUAACAAGAAACGCCUCGAGAAUGGCCUUCCAGCUCUCGUCCUUCACGAGAUCCAGUUGCUUAAGGAUGCCCACCACAAUGAGAUAGAGGAGGAGAAGAUCAGCUCCUCCAGUUUACGCUCUCGUCUGCUCGGCACCCUCCUUACCCCGCCCAAAGAGACGAGCCAUCUUCCUCGCCUCCCUUAUGUGAUUGGACUGACAGGAGGCAGCGGCAGUGGAAAGAGCUCCAUCGCUAAACAGCUGGAGGCUCUGGGAGCAGUCGGGAUUGACUGCGACAAACUGGGCCACGAGGUGUACCAGCCCGGCACGGCGGCCCAUCACAGAGUCCUCGAAGAAUUUGGGUCAGAAAUUCUGAAUGAAGAUAAAAGCAUCGACAGACGAGCGUUAGGGAGGAAGGUGUUUGGAAACCAGGAGCGAUUAAAAGCCUUAACCGGCAUUGUGUGGCCUGAGAUCGCUCUGCUGGUGAAGGAGAGGAUCAGCCAAGCCAGAGAAGAAGGUAAACGGGUUUGUGUGGUGGAUGCCGCCGUUCUCCUGGAGGCCGGCUGGACAGACAUGGUUCACGAGGUCUGGGUCACCAUCAUCCCUGAGGAGGAGGCAGUGUUGAGGAUAACCGAGCGGGACGGUGUGACUACGGAAGACGCCGUGCGCAGGCUGCAGAGUCAGUGGCCAAACAGCAAGCAGGUUGAGCACGCCAAUGUAAUUCUCAGCACCCUGUGGGAGCCAGCGGUCACUCAAAAACAGGUGCUGAGAGCUUGGAAUCUUCUUCAGAGGAGAAUCCAGCAGAAGUCAGAGGGACUGUAGGAAGAUGACUUGGACCUCUGCUGUAUCAGUUCUGACUUGGGGAAAAAGUGUACGUCAGGCCCAAGGACCUGUGAACAAAGUAAAAGAUCCACACGAGGAUGUGCUGCCUUAGGAAAGAGGAUGGUCAUGAUACUGUAGCAGAAAAUGCUUUCACCCACAAAUCAGUGCCUGACUUUCCACACUUUUAAACUCCAGUUCCGUUUAACAGAUGCUUAAUUUAAAAAGAAAUGUUUAAAAAGACUAACUGAAUCUAAUAAAAUCUUUGGCAGUCAGUCUGGAGUACUGGAUCGGAUAACGGUGCAACUGAACUUUUCUGUUUUUGAAUGAACAGACUGCAUCGAACACGAGAUCAGUUCAUCAUCAACUCCUCAGCAAAUGUUGAAUGUAAUCAGCUGGCAACAUCUCAUUUUUUGUCUUUAAUUUCAAUGUGGGACAAUUCAAUUAUAGAAUUGAAUGAUUUAUUUGGUUUUGGGCAUUAGGAGGAGGCUUUUAAAUUUCCAUCGAUAUUUAAUGGGUAAGGGAGGCGUAUUGUACUUUUCACUCAAAGUAGGAAAAAGAAAGUAAGAAAAUAUACUGAUUUGUUAGAAGUGUUCGGCAGUUAGACUGACAUGAAACUCAUUAUUCACUAAUUAUUAAAUGAAAUGUGUUUGUCAAGUUUAGUCAAUUGGAUGGAUAAGUCUGACAAAUAAAUGUAUGUGCCCAAGUAUGAUUCUUUACAACUGCCACUGGGGCUAACAAAAAAAAUUAAAGUGCAAUCCAACAA